GACCGCCUGCCGCGCUUUUUCCACCGCUCCAUCGGUUACCACUUACCUCCACUGCUACUCUCUCCCCUCUUCCUUCUCUUCUACCUCCGCGUCUCGGGGUCUCACUCCCGCCCAUGGAGGCCGCCACGGCGCCGCACCUGCUGCAGUGCGGGGGGUUCGGCCGGGGCCGGGUCGUGGCCGGGCUCGUCUCCCCGCUGCCGCGCCGCUCCACGCACCAACACCAGCGCCGCCUCCGCCGCGUGCUCGCCGUCGCCACCGAGCCCAGGCCACCCCCUCCCUCGCCGCCGGCCCCGCCCCGCCCCGGCAGGACCAGGGCUAACACCAUCCAGUCCACCAGGUUCGGGGACGUGUCCAAGGAGAUCAAGCGGGUGCGGAAGCAGAUGGAGGAGGACGAGCAGCUGGCCUCCCUCAUGCGCGGCCUCCGCGGCCAGAACCUCCGCGACGACCAGUUCGCCGACAAAGACGUCACCAUGCGACUCGUCGAGGUGACCAACACCGAGGGGCUGCCUCUUGUGUACAGCCCCGAGAUCAUUUCGGCCUACUGGGGCAAACGCCCGGGCGCCGUCGCCACCCGAGCCGUGCAGCUCUUGUCUGUGGCUGGUGGUUUUAUCUCCCACAUCAUAUCGGACCUCAUCACCGACAAAAUCAAGGAGAACGAAGUGACACGCGCGAUCGAGCUGAGGGAGAUCGUCACGUCUUUGGGCCCUGCUUACAUCAAGCUCGGCCAGGCGCUGAGCAUCCGGCCGGACAUUCUGUCCCCUGCAGCGAUGACCGAGCUGCAGAAGCUAUGUGACAAGGUUCCUUCGUUCCCUGACGAUAUCGCGAUGGCUCUCCUGGAAGAAGAGCUUGGCCGGCCAUGGCAAGACAUAUACUCAGAACUGUCUCCCUCACCAAUCGCCGCAGCAUCUCUGGGACAGGUAUACAAAGGCCGGUUGAAAGACACUGGAGAACUGGUAGCUGUGAAAGUGCAGAGGCCAUUUGUACUUGAGACUGUCACCAUAGAUCUAUUCAUCAUUAGAAAUUUGGGGUUGGUUCUCAAGAGAUUUCCACAGGUUGCCCUUGAUGUUGUUGGCCUAGUAGAUGAGUGGGCUGCCCGGUUUUUUGAAGAACUCGAUUAUGUCAACGAAGGGGAAAAUGGCACCCUCUUCGCUGAAAUGAUGAGAGAAGAUCUUCCUCAGGUUGUUGUACCAAAGACAUACCCUGAAUAUACGUCCAGAAAAGUUCUUACCACAGGGUGGGUAGAUGGUGAGAAGCUUUCACAAAGUACUGAGGAUGAUGUUGGGUCAUUGGUUAAUGUUGGUGUUAUAUGCUAUCUAAAGCAGUUACUUGAUACUGGAUUCUUCCAUGCUGACCCUCAUCCUGGAAAUAUGAUUAGGACACCAGAUGGAAAGCUUUGUAUUCUUGAUUUUGGGCUUGUGACAAAAUUGACAGAUGAUCAGAAGUACGGAAUGAUUGAAGCAAUAGCUCACCUUAUUCAUCGUGAUUAUGAUGCAAUCGUGAAGGACUUUGUGAAGCUUGGUUUUAUCCCUGAGGGAGUUAACUUGGAUCCAAUCUUACCUGUGCUGGCUAAAGUUUUUGAUCAGGCACUUGAAGGAGGUGGUGCGAAGAAUAUUAACUUUCAGGAGUUGGCAGCGGAUCUAGCACAGAUAACAUUUGAUUACCCAUUCAAGAUACCUCCGUAUUUUGCUUUGAUUAUUAGAGCAAUUGGAGUACUAGAAGGUAUUGCUUUGGUGGGAGACCCUGAAUUUGCCAUUGUGGAUGAAGCAUAUCCAUAUAUUGCACAGAGGCUGCUAACGGAUGAAUCACCUCGACUAAGGAGUGCCUUGCGUUACACAAUAUACGGCAAAACAGGUGUCUUUGACGCAGAGAGGUUCAUUGACGUGAUGCAAGCUUUCGAGAAUUUCAUUAGUGCAGCAAAGAGCGGUGGUGGGGAGGACAUGAAGGGUAACAUGGCUGAGCUGGGUGCUAUAGGAUUCCAACCUAGCACCAGUUUAGUUCCUGCAUUCCCAAUGGCCAUCUCCCAACCGGAGAACCCAAUCAAAGCUCGGGCGGCUCUCUCUUUUCUACUCUCUGACAGGGGUGACUUCUUCCGGGAGUUCAUUCUUGACGAGAUUGUGAAAGCCAUCGACGCGGUUUCAAGGGAGCAGUUGCUACAAAUUGCUUCAUCUUUCGGGGUCAGAAAUCCCGUCCCGGUUUUCGGCAUGGUUCCUGUGAGGUCCGGAGCAUUGCUUCCUACAAUCACAGAGGAAGACAGGAUCAUCUUGAACAAUGUCGAGAAGGUCGUCAAGUUUCUAUCGGCUGGGACGGCAAAUCCAACAGUCAACGGGGACGUAAAUGUCGUGUCUCUGGUGCAAGAGCUUCUACCCGUGUUGCCGAGCAUCACGUCGAAGAUCCUACCAGAUGUCUUGAGCCGGUUGUCAUCACGUGUAUUCGCACGGGUGAUCCGGGAAUCAUUUUUGUGAAGCGCUUUUAGUUUUUGUUUUCUUCUUCUUUUGACAGGAAAUUAAAGAGUUAUUUCUCCUUUUCCUUUCAUGCAAACAACACACACAUACAAGAUGAUAGAAUGAUGUACAGAAACAUGAUGUAUAUAAUCUAUGCCUGCAUAUAUGCAGAUUAACCAAUGUUUAACCAGCAAUUCUGGCUUUUCUUGUGGA